AUGAAGCUGAACAUUUCGCACCCUGCGAACGGCUCGCAGAAGCUGAUCGAGGUCGAAGAUGAGCGCAAGCUCAGGCACUUCUACGAGAAGCGCAUGGGUGCUGAGGUACCCGGCGACCCGCUCGGCGACGAGUGGAAGGGAUACAUUCUCCGUAUUACCGGCGGCAACGACAAGCAGGGUUUCCCGAUGAAGCAGGGCGUUAUUGCGCCUACCCGUGUCCGUCUCCUCCUCUCCGAGGGCCACUCAUGCUACCGCCCCCGCCGCACCGGCGAGCGCAAGCGCAAGUCUGUCCGCGGCUGCAUCGUCGGCUCCGAUCUUUCCGUCCUCGCUCUGUCUAUCGUCAAGCAAGGCGAGCAAGACAUUCCCGGCCUCACCGACACCGUCCACCCCAAGCGCCUCGGCCCCAAGCGUGCCACCAAGAUCCGGCGAUUCUUUGGCCUCAGCAAGGAUGACGAUGUUCGCAAGUACGUUAUCAGGCGUGAGGUCCAGCCUAAGGGCGAGGGCAAGAAGCCUUACACCAAGGCUCCUCGCAUCCAGCGCCUGGUUACUCCCCAGCGCCUGCAGCAUAAGCGCCACCGCAUUGCGCUCAAGCGCCGCCAGGCCGAGAAGGUGAAGGAUGAGGCGAACGAGUACGCUCAGAUCCUGGCCAAGCGCGUCGCCGAGGCCAAGGCUCAGAAGGCCGAUCUCCGCAAGCGGAGAGCCAGCUCGAUGCGCAAGUAA